AUGGUGAGAUUAAAGACCCGGUAUAUCCUUUUUGAGAUUAUCUACCCCGAGAGGAAGACUUAUCCCAUCGAGGAUAAUUUUGGAACAGUUGCAGAUUCGGCAUUAUCAAUUCAUCAGCCGACUGACUCGAAGGUUACUGGUAGGCAAAUAAUAUAUUUAAUACGACUGUCGCUCCAUAAGAAUUUCGGCGAUUAUGGGUCAUCUACUGCUGUGGGACUCUCCAUGAGAUACUUCUCACCUAGAACAGGUACAGGCAUAUUGAGGGUCACCAGGAAUAACUGGAAGUACAUUGUGGCUGCCAUCACCUUCAUCAACAGUAUAAAUGGAGAGCAUUGCAUAUUCCACACAAUAAAUGUGAGUGGGUCCAUUAAGAAAUGUGAAGACAGAUCCAUGCAAUACUCGAAGGAUUUGAUACGGACGUUGCGGAAAGCUAGAAAUGCAGCUGAUGAUGAUGACGAUGCUUCAAUUCUUGGACGUGUGUUCGCUGAAGAUAUGAAAAAGGACAGUCAGGGUGUGUCAAUGAAUGAUAACCGAGUAUAA